GCAACAUGGCUGCGGUCUGCGCUCGCACCGUCGGCAAGGUCGGCAGGUUUCUGUCGGGGAGUCGGUUCACCUACAGACCCGUUAAUGCACCUGUACUGUCCACACGGAACCCGGGAAGAGGGUUCGGAACCGGGGGCUCAGGCUUCAGGAUCCCGCACCAGUUCAGAUCUCGUGGUGGUGCUGGUGGAGGUGCUGGAGGUGGUGGUGUGGUGGGGUGCAUGCUCUUGCUCGGUGGAGGGUUCGGACUUUACCAGACUGUCAAACUGAGUCUGCAGAGGCACCACGCUGAAGAUGUGAAGGCGCCGGACGCCGGAUCAGACCUGAAGCUGACGCUGUACCAGUAUAAAACCUGUCCAUUCUGCAGUAAGGUGCGAGCGUUCCUGGACUGUCACCGCCUCCCGUACGAGAUCGUGGAGGUCAAUCCCGUCAUGCGUCAGGAAAUCAAGUGGUCAGCGUACAGAAAGGUUCCCAUCCUGAUGGUGAACGGAUCUGUCCAACUGAACGAGUCGUCUGUCAUCAUUAGUGUUCUGAUGACCCACCUGCUGAGCAAAGAGAAGACCAUUUCCCAGAUCCUCGCCUGCUACCCCGAGAUACAGGCGAAGAACGACAGAGGGAAGGACGUGAUCGAGUACGGGAACAAGUACUGGGUGAUGGUGAACGAUACAGAAUUCAGGCACCUUUAUCCCGAAAAGGAUUCCAGAAAAGAGGAAAUAAAGUGGCGUAAAUGGGCGGACGACUGGCUGGUGCACCUCAUCUCCCCGAACGUUUACCGUACCCCGUCGGAGGCGCUGGCUUCCUUCGACUACAUCGUACGCGAGGGGAAGUUCGGCAGGUUCGAAGGCGUGUUCGCCAAAUACUUCGGAGCGGCGGCCAUGUGGAUCAUCUCCAAAAGAAUCAAGCGCAGUACUGUCAGGCUGACAGUCGAACGACACUCAGGGUGGCAGGCCAUCGGAAUAGAAGAAAACUAUGGGCAUAUAGGAGGAGAGAGACCCAACUUGGCAGAUCUGGCGGUGUUCGGCGUGCUGAGGGUGAUGGAGGGCCUGGAGGCCUUUGACGACAUGAUGGAGAACACUAAAGUGAAGAACUGGUACAGACGCAUGGAGAACCAUGUACACCAGAAUCGAGAAUGAUAUCAGAGCCGGGGUUCCACCCGAAACGCUUCCUUUUAUUAUAAUAAUAAUUAUAAUAAUGUACAGGAUGCUGAAAUGAGGAAGGAACGGUUCGAAUAUGGCACUUAAUUCUUGUUGGUUUUCAAUCUCAACUUGUGGAGCUCUUUUCCCAGUCACAUAAUGGUUUAACUGGUCACUGCUGUCCGAUAAUACUAAACUAUACGGCCAAAAAUAUUUGGACACCCAUCUUUAUGGCCCAUCCUUGGCCUUGGGCCGCGGUUUCUCCGUUUUAGCACGACGAGGGGCCAUGACGAGGCUGGAAUGAUGGAACUGAAGGGUUUCCCAACAUCGGUGUCUAACUAGAUGGACGUCUCUUCCAACCGAGUGGUGGACUUUUGGUCGUAUAGUGUAUCUAAAUAGCCAAGUGAUGAACGAUAACUUUAUUAGACUGUGAAUUAAGGAAUCGGUGAAGGUGCACAGUAAAUUGGAUCAUUAUUUUGAAGGGAGAUUGAUUGUAAUGACCGUUUGUGACCCUUGUGCUCUAAAAAUCGGACGUUCUGUCUGUUGAAUGUCCAAGAGAAAAUGCAAAACGGUUAAUUUAAUAAAAGUUCUCAGUUGUUAAUAAA